AUGCCGAAAGAUCGCCAACAAGCUUCUCAACCGCUGAGAUUCGUAAAAGAGGGAGAUGCAGAUCUAGAGACCCAAUUGCUGCUGGAGAAACGAGAACGAGCAAAAUUGGACACCGAUUAUAAGACUAAAGAAAGGUUGACGCUACAAGAGCAGCUACGUCUCAACGCCAUUUUGAAACAAGAAAACUUCAAUGCUCUGGUGAAAGACAGGAACAGUUUUAAUCGACUCAGUGAAGACGCCGUUAACUUUUACAAAAAGUUGCGCGAGAAGAACGAGACGGAAAAGAAAAGCUUGGAGCAAUCUCUUGAACUAGAAACUCGUUCCUUUGACCAGAAAAAACAGGCCUUGGAGCAAACCACACCAAAUUCAACAGUCAAGCCCCACAUAACUGGUGAGACUGCAAAACGAACUCAAAUUCCAGCUAAAGUCUCUAAACCCAAAUCAAAUUCCAAGAAUGGACUCAAGGGAAUCGUUCGGAAAAAGAAGACAGAACCAUCAAAGUCAACCAAGGAAAAAAGCUUCCGGGACUGA